AUGAGCGGUGACAAUAACAAGAAAUCAUCAAAAAAAUCCAAUCAAAAUGGAAAAACUAAUGCUGUUGCUGCUUCCAAUGGGUCCACCAAUUCCAAUGCCACCACGAACACCACCACUGUCGAUGAUAAUGCCUGUGUGGUUUGUUUUAAGACGGUGGAAAUAUUUUCAAUAGGAGAAUGUGACCAUCCCGUUUGUUAUGAGUGUUCGACUCGGAUGAGGGUGCUGUGUGAGCAGAAUGAGUGUCCCAUUUGUAGGCAGGUAUUAUCAAAGGUUAUAUUUACCUAUGAUAAACUGCCUUACCGUGAAUUAGAGGCCAAAAAUCGUUCCGAAUACUAUAGUAAGAAAUAUAAGAUAUGUUUCUAUACUAGUGACAUACAGAAUCGAUUCUUUGAGCUAUUGGAUCAUCCAUGUCCCAAAUGUGAUUGCCCACCGUAUCGUACCUUUCAAGGCCUUCGCAAUCACGUUCGCAAAGAACAUGACCAUUUCUAUUGUGAUUUGUGCGUGGAAAAUUUGAAAAUAUUCACGUUUGAACGUCGUUGUUAUACCCAGGCUGAAUUGGGUAUCCAUCGGACCAAAGGCGACCCAGACAAUCGUUCACAUCGUGGCCAUCCAUUGUGUGAAUACUGUAACAAACGCUACUUGGAUCGUGAUGAGCUGUUCCGCCAUUUGCGACGAGAACAUUACUACUGCCACUUUUGUGAUGCAGAUGGUUGUAAUGAAUUCUAUCGAGAUUAUUCCGCAUUGGCGGAACAUUUUCGUCAGGAUCACUUUUUGUGUGAAGAGGGAAAAUGUGCCACGGAAGAAUUUACGGGAGCAUUUCGUACCGAAAUAGAUUUUAAGGCUCACGUUGCAAAUGUCCAUGGCAAAGGUAUGAACAAGCAGCAGGCGAAACAAACGCGAACACUACAACUGGAGAUAACAUUGGGACCAAGAGGGAGAUCGGGACAAACGGAGCAGGGUGUGGCCAAUAUGAGAAGUCGAGGAAGCAACAACCAUGAACCGGAGCCUGAAAUUCCGGAGCCCUCCUAUCCCCAGCAAAGUCAAACCCCAACACGUCAAAAUAUUAAUCCAUGCAGUGAGCAGGAGUUCCCAUCACUUUCCGGUGGUUCAACUGGACCAAGUUUGUCUCUUACACGACCACCGCCACCAACAAUUAUCAAUCAUAAUAGAAUAUCGGGUUUGGCUCGAACAAAGGAGAACUUCCCCGCCUUAGGUGGCAGUUCAACCAGUGGUGCCAGCAAUAGCGGUGAUGGUGGUGGCUUCGGUGGUGCAGCUAGAUCUGCCCAGCAUCAUCAACCGCAACCUAUUUCAGCAAUGUUGAAAAAGAAACCCACACCUGCCACGGGAGCUGUACCAAGAACACCUGCGCCUAAAGCUGGACCAUCGACCAGCAGUGGUAUGGUCAUACAUGUCUCAAAUCGUCCAACAAAUCCGCCGCCGCAAACCAAAAAACCAAGUGCAAUGGAUUUUCCAGCUCUGCCCACAGCCAGCAAAUCUAAAAAGGGUAAAGCUGCUGUAUUGACCGAAGAUAUGGGUACCUCUGGCCUACAAUUACCCGUAUCCACGGUGGCAGCCAAACAUCGUACCCUUGUGGAUGAUUAUGUGUCCGUUGCUAAUCCUGCAAAUUUCCAAAAAAUCCAAAUGGUACAAAAAGAAGAACUUGAGGCCAAGGCCAGAAGGGAAGCUGAGGCACGUAGUGCACCAAAAUUAACAUCUCAAGAUUUCCCCUCAUUGGGAGGCCCCUCAACGGCCAAGUCAUCUGCUGCAAAUACAUGGGUAAAACCGGUUGUUAAUGAAAAGCGUCAAAAGGAGCUGGAGAAUCGUAAAAAUAAAGUGGCACCUGCCCCUCUCCUACCGGCAAAAUCAAACAAUUAUGCCACCGCACCAACUACUAAGCCUGCAGCGGCAGUAUUAACUAACGGUAAUGUUCAAUCAAAUGCAGCCAACAUUGCUGCCAAUAAUAAAAAGGAUAAAAAGGAAAAAUCUAAAGAGAAGAAGACAAAGGAGCCGAGCAAUAACAACAACAACAACGAAAAUAAAGCGACGAACAAUAAUUUAAAUAGCAGCAACAAUAACAAUCAAAAACAAUCUUCCUCCCCACCACCAGCGGCAGCAGCGGCACCGUCUAAAUCACCACAAGCCAAGAAAUCAUCAUCAUCGCCCUCAUCAAAGGAACAUCAUUCGAAUGUCACGGUUAAUUCGGUGGCAAAGUCACCAAACAAUUUAACAUUUACCAGUUCUUUGGGUGAGAGUUAUAGCAUUUUGCCGGCUCACACUUUUACCCCGCCCACUGAUGCUAUGCUGCGCAAUCAGAGAUUAAUUUUAUACUUUAGAGAUAUUUUAGAAUCCAUGGAAGCCUUAGAAGAAUUCCGUAAUAUUUCACAACUAUAUCGCGAUGGUGUGGUCAAGGCGGAUUCCUAUUAUGAACAUUGCCAAGCUGCCUUAAAGGAUAAAUUUGAUUAUGUUUUUCCCGAGCUGGUAGUACUACUACCCGACAUUAGCAAACAACAGGGUUUGUAUUUGGUGCACCAACAACGUUUAAACACAAUGUCUGCGGCUAAACGUAAAAAUCUUCCCACCAUGGAGGUUUGUUCGACAUGUAAACAGGUUUUGCUGCCAGUCGAUAUGGCCGAUCACAAGAAAAUGCAUGAAAUUGUGCAAAACUUUCCCGAACUUAGUGGAAAUCGCAAAUCCCUUACAAAGGCUUAAACAUGAACA